ACUUACGCGGACUAAUCCGCGAAAAAUACGGCCGUUCAGUAAACGAGUAUGGGGGGCUGAUCCUGUAGAAAAUCGCGUCUGCCGUAUGUGGGGCCGCCGUCUAUUAUCUGUCGUGCGAAAUUUUCUCGCUCAUAUAACAGUAUUACAAUUCGAGAAUAACAGAUUCAAAACAGAGAUGUUAACUUGUUCAACUGAAUACAUAAAUAGUAUUUAUUUGAACCUUUCAUACGCAGAGUUAAGUGGAGGUACGUUUCUGCAUUAACGACGUUAUCAAAGCUCAGUUUCAUUGUUCGCUUGUGAUGUGCAUUUCCGUUUCUGAAAACGGCUUCAACCGCGUGAACAUACACAUUCACGCGCGUAUACGCUUAUCUACUUGUUUGCUGUAUAUUUGCAUUAUAUUGCUACUUCUGCCAUCACAAAUGGAAUUGCAGUCAAUUAGGACUGGUAAAUUGUCAAGGAUAGAAUUAACAGUUAAUAUUGCGUUCGUUCAUCUAUGUCACUUUCGCUGGCAAGCCAUAUCGACCACCGCGGCUCUGGUGUUCAAUCCAGUGAGUCUAUCAACUGGAGAGGCGACAGUCAGCUGAUCUAUUGUUCCGCUGUUCGAAAUCGUUUGCCUUCAUGGUAUAGUAAAUAUAGAGUACAAUCGGUAGUCGGUGACGAUGCUGGCGCAAUGUACAAUUCUUCAAUAAGCUAUUGGGAUCGACAGUCACAAGUACAUGGAGGAGAUCAGUGAAGAAUCAGUUCUGUCAACAUCGUGACAAAGACUUAGGACAUGAUUUGUGCUUCGCUCGAUUAGGAACUACUUCCCCAUCUUUACAACAAUUAAAAAUGGUUGCAACUUUUUACAUAGCGAGAAUUCAGUGAUAUGACUGUGACGACGUCACUCAAGUGCCUACGAAAUUUUUAAAAACACUCAUUACGUAAGAAGAGUAGAAAACGACAACAGGCAGUGGUGCAACCCGCAGUGUAGAGGGACCCGUGACGUUAGCGAAGGGAGCGUCACGAAGCUAAGGUCUUUGUGAUGGCCACAGGGUCAGAAAUUACCCCUCUGUUCGAAGGGCCAAGUAUGCCCUUAUUUAACGAUUCUAGUCGUAGAGAGCGCUAUUUUCAUUAUACACUCGCCGGUGUCACAUCAGGCCUCGUCUUUGUAACACUGUGUUUGGCAUUCUUCUACAACAUUCCUCCUGAUGGUCGUCAUGUAUAUUUCUCAUUCGUGCUUAUUUUUAUGUGCUUUUCGCAUUGCAUACUGAUCCAUUGGUACCGUCAGGGUGACGUAGACCCCAAAUUCCGAACGUACAUCUAUGGCAACACGGCUGUGAUUAUCCUCUUGUGCAUAUCUGGCAUCUCCUACUCUACCCAACAGCCCUCGAACCUGAUCAAGACUUUAUCUUCUUGACGGUGGCCUGGGUAUAACUAAUGCAGUUACAGAGAUAGCUGUCCAAUCUAUGUCAAUCUGUGCUACCCAAGCCAAAAUGAGAACAUCGAGGGUAGAACAUUCGCCGAUUUUGUUUUGGGUCCUUUAGCCGCAGCGCAUGUUCGUCUUUAUCGAUCAGUCUCAACGGCCAAGUUUCGGCAGUGUAUUGAUUCAAAGAGAAAGCAAAAACGCUUGUUAAACAUAUAUCGGUAAUAGAAAGAAUGAUAUUUUGGUUUCGAAGACGUUGUUUUUGAUUUGCGGCAUUUCACGUUUCAUUAUAGGAUCGUAAAACUUGUUGAGAUUCCGGCGAAAACUCGUUCCAAAGUUCUAAAAAAUUUCUUUAAUCUAUAAACGACGAAUAGAUGCUUAGAUAUCGUAAAAUCUUUUUAUCCGCGAGCUUCAAGCUGUGUUCGCCCAGUCAUUGUAACGAUAUGAACCUUGCUUUCAAGUUCCGCAGGCUACAACUGUAUACGUCGAGGUGCGAUGAUGAAAAUCACACAAGCUACCAAUACAGUAGCUAUUGAUAGAGUAUCAAUAUAUACAUUACUGUUUACAGCUUAUGAUAAUGUGUAUUCUGAAGGCAUAUACGUACUAUGCCUUGAUAAAAUCGAGUAAGAUUUAUAUAUAUAGAAGGGAGUGAGUAGCUACAAAUUUUCUUACUGCGCAUAUUUGCAGUUUGCAGACGAGUUAAAAAACGUACAAACAGUUAUUAGUACCACUAUUCUAUACCGCAGUUAUUAUUUUUAUCAGACACUGAGCACAACGGAGUGAAAUGCGUAGAUGAUAAUUAAUUUUUUAACUUUAAUAAUAAACAAAGCACACAGGUUAGCCGGCCACCUGCACCUGUGAAUUCUGACCAAAACCUGCACAUAAGUGUACCCCAUUCCUGUACAAAAUUCUAUUUUACCGUUUAACUUAACCGAUUUAAGCGACUAAUUUGUUUAUGUUUUUGUAAAGUUUAAUAUAAAAAGUAAGAAAAGAGGGUUUUUGCUGAAUAUAAUCAAAAAGUAAUGCAUAAACUUUUAUCAAUAGAAGUC